AAAAAACCAUUCGACAUUAAUCAGUUCUGUCUUCAAUACAAAGACUUCUUAUGCUCAGUGGACCAGUGGAUUGUGGAGUCGUCUGUUGCAGUUGAUGCUUUGAAGUCGUAAUUACCCUCUAUUCGUCAGAUGCAGCGUCUCACUUCGAUGCUGUUCGUAAAACUAUUGGAAUGGCCCGUUUCAUGCAGCUGCUCGUCAGUUUCUUUGUGCUUCCAUGGUCAACGUUUGAUCAUCUGCAGCUACACGACGAUCCAGAAAAGGAGAGGUAAAGAAACAAGGAAUGUGUUCUACGUUGCUCAGAAUGUAUUCUUCGAGAUGUUCUUCUUUUGAGGCCUGAAAACCAUCCAAAGUUGCCUUGCUUUCGGCCUCUUUGAUCGCUUCGUGAUGCGUAUUCGUGUCGUUGUCGACAUGGGCACAGCUUCUUGUGUGAAGCUCGGCAAAGCAGCUUGAAGAAGACCUUUAUCUUACAGCUGAAGCUCCAAAAGCAUGGCUUUUUGGCCUUUGACUUACGUUCUUUGUACCUGCUUUCUUAAAGCAAGGAGCGGCAUGUGAAGACUCGAUUUGGAUUGGCCAAUCUAUCGAUACAGUUCCAUACAAGGGAAGAAUCGAUGCUCAAGAUGGUCGUCGCCUUGGAUUCCUGGUAUCAUUGCCUGAACGAUACUACCCAGAGAAGAGCGGAGAUGAUGACGAUGACGGUAGGGACGUUCACUUCCGGAAACCUUAUCUGCGUUCCUCGCGCUCCACCCAUCAUUUCUUGACACGCGUCCAGAAACUUCAAGAGAACGGGGGUGGAAGCUUCCCGCACUCUCCCGCCUUGUGUUGCCGUUCACCGGACGGACGAGCGCAUAAGAAGCUUCUAUGCGACGCAUCGUCUUCCUUCCGAUCCGCUCCAUCACACCCUUCGAUGGCUUUCCAGUUUCGCCUGCCCGAUGCGCACAACGUCCUCCGCUGUCCAAGUAGACGUUUAUCCAUGUGAGAAUGUUCCACAGCCUCUCAAGUGACACCACUACCACCCCUUCGUGUCUCUCUCCUCCAUCCUUGCGAAGAAAUCGAGGCCAUUUCGUCGAGCGAGUGGUGGCCGCGCGGCGAUGGGCUCUCCGCCCCUUCCUCCGGCGUCGGAGAAGGCCGAUGAGACGACUUCAGCUGCGGCGGGGCACCCGGAGGGGCAGCGGCCGCUCCCGACGCCCUUCCUGACGAAGACGUACCAGCUGGUGGACGACCCGUCGGUGGACGACGUCGUCUCGUGGAACGAGGACGGAUCGACGUUCGUGGUGUGGCGACCCGCCGAGUUCGCCCGCGACCUCCUCCCCAAGUACUUCAAGCACAACAAUUUCUCCAGCUUUGUUCGCCAGCUCAACACCUACGGGUUUCGGAAGAUCGUGCCGGAUCGAUGGGAGUUCGCUAACGAUUGUUUUCGGAGGGGAGAAAAGCGCCUCCUUGCCGACAUCCACCGCCGCAAGAUCAACCCGGCGGCAGCCGCAGCCGCGCCGAUCGCGGUGGCUGUGCCGAUUAAUAGGGCUGUGUCGCCGGCGAACUCGGGGGAGGAGCAGGUCCUCUCCUCGAACUCCUCCCCUGGCCCACAGACGCCGGCCACCACCGGAUCCAGCGGCCCAACGGAGCUGAGGGAGGAGAACGAGAGGCUGAGGAAGGAGAAUGCGCGGCUCCUCCGGGACCUCGCCCAGAUAACGAACGUGUGCAACCAAAUCGCGGUCCUGGUUUCCAAGUACGCGGCCGAUGGCGGCAGCGGCGGCGGCGGCGGGACGACCGAGGUGGGGGCUCCGCCGCCGAUUCUGGAGCUGAUGCCGGCAACACGGGUGGAGAAGCAGGAGGAAGAGGACGCGGACACCGCGGCGGCGGUUGAGGACGGGGUGAUCAAGGUGGAGGAGUGGACGAGCGAGCCGCGGACGCCGGCGGGGCCGAGCCCCAAGCUGUUCGGGGUUUCGAUUGUCGGGAAACGGGUGCGGGAGGAGGAGACGGACCAGGAUCCGACGCCGGCUGUGAAGCCGGACCCUUUUGAUCCGGGGCCGGACCCGAAGGAAGCGACCUCGCCAGAGCGCCACCAGCGGUCGUGGGUGGUGUACUGCCCUCGGCCGAUACGAAGGUCGUGCAACGUGCCGGACAACCCGACGGAUCGCGCACGUGAUGCGAGCUGAUCGCUCCGGAUCAUACGAGAUGCCGGAACGGAUCUCUUUUAGAUUCGUGCUCGCUAAUUUAAUUUAGUCUCAUUUAAUUUAAUCGUGCCUCUUAUCCACUGUAUGAUUUCCACACGUAACUCGCUACUGCACUUGUCUGCCCACUUGGGAAAAAGCGUGGAACAAUGAUGGCAGCUAAUGAUAGCUUUCUCUACCUGUCCGAUGCAGUGAACCCUCAGAUAAUAUUUGCUCCUUUA